ACAACAGGUAUUCUCGUGGGCGCGCAGAACUUGGCCAUGAAAGUACACUCGGCUUGGUCAGGCUCUUGUGCUCGUCGAGUCAGGCUGACGGACACUUCCUUCAGCCAGGCUCGAAGAGGCUCUGCCUUCCGCUCAUAUGCGUACACUCAAGCCGACACUCAGGGGACCCUCAAGCAGACACUCAAGCAGACACUCAUGCGGACACUCAAACAGCCACUCAAACAGACACUCAAUCAGAACUCCGGCGGCACUCAAACAGAAACUCACACCACUCCAGCAGACACUCAAGGCGGACACUCAAGCAGACACCAAGACACUCACAACAAAAAGGACACUCAAAGCAGAACUCAGCGACACCAGCAGACACUCAAAGCAGACACUCAAACAGCCACUCAAGCCAGACACUCAACAGACACUCAAGCCGACCUCAGGCGACCUCCGCAACACUCAAGCAACACUCAGGCUGACCUAGAACAGACACUCAAACAUACACUCAGCAACCUCAUCGGACACCAACAGACACUCAAACACACUCAAGCAGACACUCAAGCAGACACUCAGGCGGACACUUCAAGCAUACACUCAACAGAAACACUCAAGCGACACUCAAGGAGACACUCAGCAGACCUCACACAGACAUCACCUACACCAAGCAGACCUCAGGCAGACACUCGAAAACAUACACUCGAACAGACACUCAAGCAGACAACUCAAAUAGACACUCCACAUACACUCAGCAGAACACUCAAGCAACACACAGCAGAACACGCGAACUACACUCAGCAACACUCAAACCGACCUCAAGCAGACAUCAAGCAGACAUCAAAGCAGACACUCGAACAACACUCAGCAGACACUCAAACAGACACUUCAACAUACACUCAAGCAGACACUCAGCAGACACUCAGGCGGACAACUGCAAGCAGACACUCUCAACAUACACUCAACACUACACUCAGGCGACCCUCAAGCAACACUCAGCAGACACUCAAGCAGUACCACUCAACAAUCAAGCAUACACCAGGCGGCACUCAAGCAGACCUCAGUCAGACACUCAAACAGACACUCAAGCCGAACACUCAAACCGACACUCAAGCAGACACUCAUGCGGACACUCACGCAACACUCAAGCGACACUCAGGCGGACACUCAAAAGCACUCAAACAGACACUCAAGCAGACCUCAGGCGGACACUCAAACCGACACUCAAACAACACUCAAGCAGACCUCAGGAGCGGACACUCAAGCAGACAUCAAGCAGACACCAAGCAGACACUCAAGAAGCAGACACUCAGGCAACACUCAGGCGACACUCCAGCAAGACACUCAAACAGACACUCAAGACCGACCACUCAAGCAUACCCUCAGCGCGACACUCAAGCAGACCUCACGCAGACACUCAAACAGACAACUCCAGCAGACACUCAAACAGACCACUCAAAGCAACCUCAGGCGACACUCAAGCCAGACCUCAAGCAGACACUCAGCAGGGCGGACCAGAACCGACACUCAACUACACUCAAGCAGACACUCAGGGCGGACACUCAAACAGACACUAAACACACUCAACAGGACACUCACGCAGACACUCAGGCGUACACUCAAGCAGACACUCAGCAGACACUCAAGCAGACACUCAAGGAGACACUCAAGCAGAUAACCCUCCAACAAGACACUAACUACACUCAAGCAUACACUCAGGCCAGAACACUCAAACAGACCACUCGAACAGACACUCAAGCAGACACUACACUCAAAGACACUACUCAACACCCUCAAGCAUACACUCAAGCAAACACACAGGCAGACACUCAAGCAAACACUCAAGCAGACACUCAACUACAUUCAAGCGACACGCUCAAGCAGACACUGAACAGACACUACUCAAACAUACACCUUAAGCAGAUACUCAAAAGCAACACGCAGGCAGACACUCAAGCAACACACUCAAGGCGACACUUAAACAGACACUCAGGCAAUACCACUUCAAAGCACCAACCUCAGGCAGACACUCGAACAGACACUCAAUCAGACACUCAAACAUACACUCAAGCGACACUCAAGCAGACCCUUCGAACAGACACUCAACCGAACACUCAAACAUACCCUCCAAGCAGACAGUCGGUGGACACUCAAGCAGACCAUCAAACCUACACUCAAACAUACACUGCAAGCAAACACUCAGGCAGAAACUCGAACAGACAACUCAAGCAGACACUCAGGCGACACUCGAACGACACUUCAAGCUACACCAAACAUACCCUCAAACAUACAACACUGAAGCAGACACUCGAACAGUACACUCAGGCAGACACUCAAACUACACUCCAAAGCAGACCUCAAGCAGAACAUGCUCGAACAGAAACACUCAAGCCGACAUCAAACAGAACACUCAACAUAUACACUCAGCAGACACUCAGGCAGACACUCGCAACGACCUCAACAGACACUAGAACAACAGACACCUCAGCAGACACUCAAAAACAAUACACUCAAACUACACUCACGCGGACACUCGAACAAGACACUCGGCAGACACUCAACAUACCUCAACAGACACUCAAGCAGACACUCGAACAGACACUCAAGCGACACUCAAACAAACACUCAAGCAGUACACUCCAGCAGACACUCAGCUGCAACACUCGAACAGACACUCAGGGGCAGACACUCAAACAUACACUCAGCAACACCACAUACACUCGAACAGACACUCAAGCAGACACUCAACACAGACACUCAAACUACACUCAAGCAUACAUCAGCAGACCUCAUGCGGACACUCAAGCCAGACACUCAAACAGACACUCAAACGACACUCAGGCGGACACGCACGCAGACACUCAAGCAGACACAUCAAGCAACCUCAGGCGGACACUCAAACAGACACUCAAACAGACACUCCAGGCGGACACUCAAGCAGACACCAAGCAGACACUCAGGCGGACACUAGAACAGACACUCAAGCCGACACUUCAAACAUACAAUAAUCAGACCUUCAAGCAGACACUCAAGCAGACCACUCAAGCCCUACACUCAGGGGCGGACACUCAGCAGACACUCAGCAGGACCACUCAAACAGACACUCAGCAGACACUCAACAGAACACUCAGCAGACCUCAGCAGGCGGACACUCAAGCAGACAAUCCAAGCAGACACUCAGGCGGACACUCACACAGACAACUCAACAUACACUCAAAGCGACACUCAGGCGGACAACUCAACAGACACGUCCCAACACACCCUCACUCAAGCAGAGACACUCAGCGGACCCUCAAGCAGACACUCAAGCAUACACUCAAGCAGACACUCAAGCAUACACUCAGAGACACUCAGGCAGACAACCAGCGACACUCAACAUACACUAAACAGGACCUCAAAGCAGACAACUCAGGCGGACACUCAAGCAGACACUACUCAAGCAGACACUCAACAACACUCAAGAGGACACUCAAACAUACACUCAACAUACACUCAGCGGGACCACUCAAGCCGCCACUCCAGCAUAACACUCACGGCGACACUAGAACGACCACUCAAACAUCCACACUUCAAGCAGACACUGCAUGCUGGACACUCAAACGACACUCAAACACACUCAAGCAGACCUCAAGCAGACACUCCUCCGGCGGACCCUCAAGCAGACACUCAAGCCAGACACUCGAACAGACACUCAAGCAGACUACUGUGGCAAUUACGUUACACGUCAAUGGGCGUAGCACUUUGUGUGCAGCGGGACACUUGCGGAACCCGCAGCAGGGCAGACACCGAACAGACACUCAGCAGACACUCAGCGACACUCGACACAGACCUCAAGCGACACUCCAAACAUACACUCAAACAUACACUCAAGCAGACACUCGAACAGACCCUCAGGGCCACUCAAACUACCCAGCAGACACCUCAAGCAGACACUCGAACAGCAGACACUCAGCAGACAUCAAACAGACACACUCAACCAUACCUCAAGCCAGACACUCAGGCAGACACUCGAACAGACACUGUGGCGACGGGGGAGCAGACACUCUGAAGGCAGAGCACUCAAUCAGGGUUACGCGGGGUCGAGCGAGUUCAUGGCCUCAAUGGGCUUGGCGGGUUCAUCUUUCGAUAGCGGAGUGGGCGCGCUGUGUGGUCUCAACAGACACUCAGGCAGACACUCAACAUACACUCAAGCAGACACUCAAGAGACCUCGAACAGACACUCAGCAGACACUCAAACAUACAACUCAAGCAGACCCCAAGCGACACUCAGGCGGACACUCGCAGACACUCAAGCAAGACACUCGACGACACUCAGCAGACACUCAACAUACACUUAAGCAGACAACACUCAGCAACCCUCUUCAAGCCGAAGCAGACACUCAAACAACACUCAAACAACACUCCGGCGGACCUCAACAGACACUCAAGCAGACACCAAGCAGACACUCAGGCGGACACUCAAACAACACUCAAACAGACACUCAUGCGGACACUCCUCCCAGCAGACACUCAAGCAGACACUCUCAAACAGACACUCAGAGACACUCAAAAGCCACUCAAUCAGACACUCAGGCGGACACUCAACAUAACACCAAUCAGACACUCCGGCGUGACACUCAAACAGACACUCAACCACACACUCAAUCAGACACUCACGCAACACCAGGCGGACACUCAAGCCUACACUCAAGCAGACCUCAAACAACCAUUCAGCAGACACUCAAACAUACACCCAAACAACACUCAGCAGAACACUCAGGCAUAUUACUCACUCAGACACUCAAGCAGACAACUCAAUCCACACUCAAGCAGACCCUCAGGAAGACACUCAAGCAGACACUCAAGCAACACUUCUCGAACAGAACACUCUCAAACAUCAAUAAAGCAACCCUCAAGAGACACUCAUCCAGACACUCAGUAAGACACUCAAGCAGACACUCCACGCAGGCACUCGAACAUACACUCAAACAUUACACUCAAGCAGCUACCUCAGGGCGGACACUAGAACAGACACUCCAACAUACACUCAAGCAACACUCAAGAUCAGACACUCGGCAGGACAACCUCAAUCAUACACUCACGCAGACACUCAGGCGGACACUAGAAAACAGACACUCAAACAUCACUCACGCAGACACUCAAGCAACCCUCCGGCAUACACUCAAACAUACACUCAAGCAGGGACACUCAGGCGGACCUAGAACCGACCCUCAGCAGACACUCAAUCGACACGUCAGGCGACACUCGAACAGACCACUCAAGCAGACACUCAAGCAGACACUCAGCGGGACACUAGAACUAACACUCCAGCAGACACUCAUUCGGACACUCAGGCAGACACUCAGGCAGACACUCAACCGACACUCCAACAUACACUUCAACAGACAUCAAACAGAACACUCAGGCGGACACUCAAGGAGACCUCAAGCAGACACUCAGGCGGACACUCAAGCAAGACACUCACAGGACACUCAGGCGUACACUCAAGCAGAACACGUCAGCAGACACCUCCACCUACACUCAGCAGACACUCGAACAGACACUUCCAAUCAGACACCCAAACAGGCACUCAAGCAGACACUCAAACCUACACUCAAGCAGACACCCAAACAGACACUCAAGCAGACACGCAAUCAAAACCCAACAGACACUCAACGCAGACACGCAGGCAGACACUCAGGCGGGCACUCAGGCAGACCUCAAGCAUACACUCAGCAACAACUCAAGCAACACUCAGGCGACACUCAAAGCAGACACUCAAGCAGACCUCAGGCGGACCUAGAACCGCACUCAAACAUACACUCAAGCAGACACCUCAGGCGGACACUCAAACAGACCCUCAAACAACACACUCAAGCAGACACUCAAGCAGACACGCUCAGAACACUAGGCAGAAAUACUCAAGUCAGCCACUCAGCAGGUACACUCAGAGACACCAAGCAGACACUCAAGCCACACCUCGACAGCCACCAAAACAUACAAUCAAUCAGACCCACUCCAGCAGACCUCAAUCAGACUCUCAGGAAACACUCAAGCAACACUACUCAAUCAGAGACACUCGAACAACCUUCAAACAUUACACUCAAGCAGAUCCCUCAAGCAGACACUCAGCACCUCAAGCAGACACUCAGGCGGGACACUAGAACGACACUCGUCAGAACACACAAGCCACACCAGGCCGGACACUCAGCAGACACUCAAACAGAUACUCAAGCAACACUCCGGCGGACUAGAACAGACAUCUCAAGCAGACACUCAGCGGACACUCCAGCAGACACAUUCAAAACAUACAACUCAGCAGACACUCAGGCGGACACUCAAGUCAACACUCAGCCUACCUCAAACAUACUCAGCAAGACACCCAACAGACACUCAGCAACACUCAAGCAGACACCCCCCAAACCGACACUCAGCAGACACUCAAGCAGACACGCGAUCAACACUCAAAUAACCUCAAGCAACACUCAGGCAGACACUAGAAACAGACACUCAAGCAACACCCAAACAGACACUCCAGCAGACACUCCCAAGCAGAACACUCACACAGACCUCUCACAGGCGGACACUAGAACAGACACUCAGGCAGACACACAAGCAGACACUCAAGCAGACACUCAGGCGGACACUCAAGCAGAUACCAAGAGUCUACACUCUCGAACAGACACUCAAGCAGACAAUGAAACAGAACAUCAAACAUACACAAGCGACACUACAAGCUGA